AUGACUUUAUCUAAACGAUCCCAGCACAUAGCCACGGAAAUACGGGAAGAUGGUGUCGCUAUCAUCUCAUAUGACCGUCAAGAAGUUGCAAAUGCCAUCAAUACCGACACAAUGAAGGAGCUCUUGGAUGCUUACACGCGUCUCUUAGCAGAUGAUAACGUCAAGGUACUUAUUCAAACAGGCAAGGGGGGCUUCUUCAGCGCCGGGAUGGAUUUAUCAGAUCAGCAACAAUCCUCUGCCAACCCAGAGGGCCCGGCUCUACUUCACACCAUGAACAAGCUUAUGAUUGAUUGCGAUAAAAUUCUUAUCGCCGCCGUUAACGGUCCUGGCGUGGGCUACGGUACUAGUAGUCUCGGGUUAUUUGAUCUGGUAUAUUCCGUUCCUGACGCAUACUUCUUCACGCCGUUUGUGAAAUGGGGUCUUGCCGCUGAAGCCUGCUCUAGCUUUACUUUUGCCCACGCCCUUGGACGUCAAAAAGCAUCUCAUCUUAUUCUUACAGGAGAAAGAAUGACCGCCCAGGAGCUUGAAUCCACCGGCUUGAUCAGCAAGAUCCUCCCAGCUGCUGGUUUCCUCGACACGGUCCUCGGCAUCGCACACAGAGUGGCUGAGCUUCCGCCGAUUUCCUUGAAGGCGAACAAGAGCUUGGUGACAUCAUACUUCAAGGAGGAGUUGCACCGAGCGAACGACUUGGAGUUGGAAUUGUUUACAAGGCUGGCUGCUGGUAGCGAGACGAAGGAAGCUGUGCAAAAGUUUGCUAUCGAGCAAAAGGCGAAGAAGCUGAGAUUGGCGACAAGAGGCAAUCUUUGA